UAUCAAUAUCAUUGUCAAAUUAAUUAUGUCAUUUUGACAAUAUAAAAAGGUAGUGGUACUAGUGUUAGCUAGAUACUACUUCCAGCUCUGCUCUUUUUGGUAAUUUUAUCAAAAUUUAAAAUAAAUCUUAAAAAUAAAUAAACAAAAUGACGGCAUUUCUAAAAAGAUUAGUGAGUCAAGCACUUUCUAAUCUUAGAAAGGAAGUCAGACCGACUAACAAUAUAAAAAAAUUCGCAACAGAAGCAACUAUAAAAACUAAACCAUAUAAACUGCACAGAUUGGACACUUCACCUCUUACAGAGGUCAAAGUUACCAAAGAAGAGGCGAAAGAUUAUUACAAAAAAAUGUUCAUUCUAAGAAGCCUUGAAAAUGCCACAUUCACCCUGGCAAAAGCCAACCUAAUUAGAGGCUUCUGUCACAUAUAUUCGGGGGAAGAAGCAGCGGCUGUUGGGGCUUAUGUGGUCAUGACCCCCGAAGAUCUCGUAGCAUCCCCAUAUCGAAUUCAUGGAUGGGCGUAUCUUAUGGGCAACAGCGUGCUGGGGGUCCUUGCCGAGAUGACGGCAAGAACAUCGGCAUGCCAAAGAGGCAAGGGUGGAUCAAUGCACAUGUAUCACGAUCGAUUCUUUGGAGGUUUCGGUAUCGUGGGGUCGUCCGUACCCGUGGGUACAGGUCUUGCAUUUGCCCUGAAAUAUAAGGGAGUGAAGGGUGUAGGGUGGGCAAUUUACGGAGAUGGGGCAGCCAAUCAAGGACAAGUUUUCGAGGCGUUCAACUUGGCCAAAUUGUGGAAUUUACCGUGUCUCUUCUAUUUAGAAAACAACGGCUACGGUUACAGCACUUCUAUAGAAAGGGCUGCAGCGAAUAUUGACUUUUACACCCGUGGCGACUUGAUUCCUGGAAUAUGGGUGGACGGCAUGGACGUGAUAAGUGUUAGAGAAGCCAUAAAGUUUGCCAGGGAGUUCUGCCUAGAGGGCAACGGUCCCAUUGUCGUGGAAGCAGCUACUUACAGGUACCACGGGCACUCCAUUUCAGACCCUGGCACCACUUAUCGUACAAGGGAGGAGAUACAGGCGGUAAGACAGCAACGAGACCCUAUAACCACCUUCAAAGCGCUGAUAUUAGAGAAAGGGUUACUUAUUGAAGAAGAAAUUAAGAGUAUUGAAACCGAAGUUAAAACUGAUGUGAAUGAAGCAUCCGAGAGAGCCGUUAAGGAUCCAAUAAUAAAUGCAUCAGAACUCACUACCGACAUCUACUCCGAAUGUUUGGAACCGCACAUAAGAAACAUCACGCCGUUUAAUCCUCUUCAACACAAAAGAUUAGGAAGAGCCAUCAAUCUUAAGUAAAUUAUCCCAUAAUUCAUGGAGUCUUUUCCUGUUUAUUAAGGGUUUUUUCGAUUUGUGACAGUUCAACUACUAUCUCCUUAUGAAGAUAUCCAUUUGCAGAGUGUCUACAACUUCUCCUGAGUCAUUGAAGGUUACUAACAAAAUUGUAUAACGGUUUACUGAUAAAAAGUGAAAAAUAAAUAUGCAUCAUAUA